GCCAAAACUCAAAAACCGCAUGCAUCCCUCUCGACUUCCUCUCGCCCCUUUCACAACUUCCUCCCCCUCUGGCCCGGCUACUCACCAUCCUGGGAUUCCCAUCCCCAGAAUAGAUACUAUGACUUGGUUCUAGGAGCUGGACUCGGUCUAUCACAACGCGAAGAAUCCGAGACUCGACAACAAUCACCGACCCUAGGGCCGGUGGGUCUCCCUGCUACGUUGUCGAUCCAUGACCGGCCAGCCCUCUUUUGGACUGAAUCGAAGUGGUUCUAUCCCCCCCGACUGAAUGCAGUAUAUUGCAUUGUGAAACCCGGGUGAUCACUCUCAUAAUCGAGAGCCUUGCUCGACAAGCCUACUACAACUUGGCUCAUUUCCUUUUGCGGAAAUUACUGGCGGCUGGGUGGGCUCGAACAAAGCUGAAUAUUGAUUUCAAAGGGACGAGCAAUCUUGUAACCUUGAGAUUCUCUUAAAAAGAACAGUCCCAUUUCUUCUCAAGAUGCCGCCCUCUACAACCACGGCAGCCAGCAGCGCCGCAACCACCACUGCUAGUGGUGAUACUGGCUCGAAUGCGACCAGUUCGCCUCUUUUGUUUUUUGUCGCAUUAGGAUUCGGUGUCGUCUUCACCAAUCUCUGGAUCAUCGUUGGAGUAAAAUAUUGCUUCCGCUACAAUCAACGCAAUCGCCAAUUACGCAAUGAGGAGACUGGUGAGCCCAUAGAUUUGAUCGCCAUGCCUCGCGCCCAUCGGAGACGACGAGAAAAGAAGUUGAUGACCAUGGACGAAGUCAACGAGCGAUUUCCCUUGGUAAAAUACAAAGUGUGGAGGUCAUCUCGCGCCAACCAAGGUCUUCCCACGGAAGGGGGUAUUACGGCUCCCAAUACUAGACCACAAAGCCUCAAGGAUGAGGAUGGUGUGGCUGUCUCUUUACCAGUUGGUGUAUCUACAAUUGCGACUUCGCCGAUAGUGGAAGACGAGCGGACGAUAUCAAGUACCCCGUCUCCGCCAUCCCACGACGAGCAAGCGGAUUCGGCCUUGCAAGGGACGGGAGUCAACUCUUCCACGGGCAUCGCUACUCCCUCUACCCAGCAAGAAACCGGUGUGAGCACGACCGAGCAGAAAUGGCAACACUCCCUGAUAAAUGAACACGUUGAUCUCGAAGAGGAUGAAGAAGACGGUGAUCAGAUUCGAAAGGCCGUCCCUGCCGAAUUGCUUCCCAACCCGGGAGAUUCGUGUGCAAUCUGCUUGGACAUCAUUGAAGACGAUGAUGACAUACGAGGACUUGCCUGUGGUCAUGCUUUCCACGCCUCGUGCGUCGAUCCUUGGUUGACAAGUCGACGGGCCUGUUGUCCGCUGUGCAAGGCCGACUACUACGUUCCCAAACCCCGUCCUCAACCAGCCGAGGGAGCGUCUUCCUCGGAUCAGCAAGGACGCCGUACUGUGACGAGUCGCCUCGAUGGUCUUGCUAGACCGGCGCGCGCUGCACAGCCUAGGAGUCAUGCAAAUCCUUUCCGGGUACAAAUGGCAUUCUCCGGUCGGUUAUUCCAUCCAACCUCUCUGGAUCCACGUGCCCGCCCUCCUCGUCAAGCAGAGGUCUCAGAACAGCCUGUGGACGAAACACAAGAUCGAGAGAGGCCUUCCCCUCGAGGAUACUGGGCGCGGUUCUUGCCAACGCGGCUAAGGGGACGUUCCGCUCCGAACCCUACUACAAUGGAGACUCAUGAGCCAUCCGCCGAAGUCGACACGUCACCCAAUAACCUGCCAUCCGGGCAACAGCGUACGCCUGGCCAACUGGAAGCAGGAAUCUAAUUUCUCUUUACACGAACACAUUUAUUCACCUUCUUAUGAACCUUGAUAUCCCUUGACUCUUUUUUUAUGCUGAAUUCACAUCUGGAAUGUUCGUUCAGCGCAGCCUUUGCUUUGUUAAUGACUUUAUUCUGUGUAAUUUAAUUGUUUCUUUUUGGGGCUCGGAAUGGGCGCACGCCGGGGUGGUGAUCUUGCUGAUGACAUGUCGCAAUUUCCCAAUUUCUUCAUUUGGGUUCUUACUGGGGGACGAGCGUGAACUGGCGGUUACAUUCUAUCACACCCUCUUCUUAAGGUGUUGUGUUCUAGGGAAAGGUUAGGCACGAUCUUUAGUUGAACACGUCUACGAGGCCGCCGGAGGGACGAGGAUGAUUUCGAAUAUCUGUAUCUGUUGAUCACCUAAAGCUAAACGAAUAUGAACUGCAAUCCACUCCCAACUCCUCAACUAUCUAUAGCACUAGAGGUACACGGAAUGAUCGGAGGGCUGGGAUUAAGAGAGCCUGGUCGGAGGUCCACAAUGCCGCCGGUAGGUAGGAACGAAGCGGACAACAACCGAAAUAUUUCCUUGUAGAAGAACAGAUAAAUGUGCAGAAUGUAAAGCAAGUAUGCCCCAAUAUUCGAUGAAACAUGAAAAGACCCUCAAGAAUUCCCUUAAGCCGGUGCUUUCGAGCCCCCAACUCCGGCCCCGAUUACACUCGGGAGUUCUUCUUGACCCAUGCUGAAAAGCAUACCAACGGCGCUGCUCGCGAGGACGAUGACCAAAACCGUAACACCGGCAAUCAAGAAGAAAGGUGAGCUGAUAUCUUCCUUUUGGCAAGCCGGACCGCCCCAGUAGAUCUUUUGCUUCGUGCCGUCACUCUUCGUACGCACGGUUGCUUGGCAACGACAAGCGAAGCAUUGCGCGUCACCAGAUGAAGAUUUGAGAUAGCAUUGGCCAUGCCCAGAGCAAUUAUUGGUUGCAUCAGAGCAUGAUGAGUUGGAGGCGUGACAGACCGGCGCAAGCAGCGAAGACGACGCAGCCAGGUCCUCUGCAGACUUUUGCAAAGUGCUCUGUGCAUCAGACGCAGUUGACCGAGGCUGCGAUCCGGUGUCUCGCCUGGAAAUCCGGGUGAAAUCUCGGGAGGCAUCGGCGGCGGGAACCAUCAAGGCAGUGAUUUCGAAGCUUUCUGUUAAAGUCAUUUCCUUCAAGUUGUGGAAGAAAGACUCGAUAUACGUGGUCACGACCGCGUUGUCGGAGUUCGCCUAAAGAAAAAUAAGCCGGGUG